UUUUUGGCCCCUCGCUGCUGUUAUUUUUACUUAUUACCUAUACUGUACUGACUGUGCUUUUAUCACAUUCGCUGAAUAAUAACAUUCGUAAAGAUACUCUAUACACCCAUAAAAAGUCUGAAAAAAACACAAACCUACCACAAAGAAAAAAACUACUUUUUUCUUUUUUUAAACUUGUCGUAUCGCGGGAAAUUUAAUGGCGUUGGCGUGCAUUAUUUUCUCCAUUGUUUUAGUUUUCCGAGAAAAACUGAAAUUCUAUGAAAAUUGAGAUAAUGGCUGUCAUAAAAGCAAUUAGCAGUAUCAACAAUUUUAAUGCCUACGUUUCGUUUACUCAAGACCAUGCAUCUAAAUAUGAGAGCUCUCAAGUUCCACUCAACAUGUCUUCAGUCUUGGCGCUAAAGAAAAUUUGCUAUUUUGAAGUUGAGUACUUCAGCAAGUAUCAAGAAACAGGCGCGGCGUUCACAAUAUUUGAGAAAAUUCUGAAAUGGCCACCGUCUAAAACUUGGAGCAUCUUAGCCAAUGAUCUCAUAUCGUUGCUGAAAUACUGGAUUGAGGGCUCUAGAAAGUACCUUAUAAAACACUGCACUCAUUGGUGGCAGUUUGUGGAGGCUAUAUUGAAGUUGAUUAACCAAAUAAAACUGAAAGACGCGUGCAUCUGCAACCUGCUAGCGGAGCAUAUAUUCGAGAGUCUGCUAGACCUGGCCACGUGUGAACAGCUGGACUUGAGACAGAAGUACGAGGUGAUCCGCUGUCUGAACCAGUGCAGCCAGCUGAGCAGCCGCGAUGUGAGAUCUCAGCUCGCGGGGAAGUUUGAUGUAUGUGUAUUGGUCGAUAAUUUUCCUACACCCUUCAUCCACAACCUCAACCCUCCCAACAGCACAAAGCUCUGCGCACACAUGUCCGUGUGCCAGCACUGGCCCACCCAGCUAGUGAUCCUAGAGCUCUUGCUGCGCUGGCUGGUGCGGCGCCAGCACGCGGCGGCGCGGCGCGCGGCGGCCGAGCGCUGGCUCACUGAGGGGUUCCCUGGGGACAGCGUCCAGGUGUUCUUGGAAAGGCCCUUUGUGGACUUUUUUAAGGAUGCGAGAGAUUUCCUGAACGCCCUGAACAAACAAAGCGGUCAGGUCACUUCAGUGAUAUGCCGCCAGUUGAUAGUUGGAAAUGUUACUAUUAUAUCGCCGACAGACAGCGUGACCUCCUGGCUGGACUUCAACACGGCACACGGCUCAGCCACCAUCCUGCUGCACCCGCGACUACUGCCGGCGCGGGACGCCCCGCACGAGCUGCUCGCCGUGUGCAGCGAGCGUGUGCGGCGUGUGCAGCGAGCCAGGUGUGUAGAUAUACUCACUGUACAGUAUAACUGCAGCCGCGACUACUGCCGGCGCGGGACGCCCCGCACGAGCUGCUCGCCGUGUGCAGCGAGCGUGUGCGGCGUGUGCAGCGAGCCAGUAUUGCUGCAGCCGCGACAACUGCCGGCGCGGGACGCCCCGCACGAGCUGCUCGCCGUGUGCAGCGAGCGUGUGCGGCGUGUGCAGCGAGCCAGGGAUGCUACACAAAUAACAUUAUCGGUAUCCAUGCUGGACGAGCCCCAGUUUCUCUACGAGUCCACCAAGACCAUCUUGGAUCAUAACAGAGACCAAAUCAAAAUAAGCAUCUCUUCCAAAACCGAUGUCAAGACGCUGGAUGACGCCUUGCGACGGACCUUCGGUGAUAAAUAUGAGUGUGCGAUAGAAACGGAAACUGCCGUUGAGUCUAUCAUCUCUCCCUCUGGACCCUUGGAUCAGCAGCAUGACACUUACAGCAGAUUCAGCCAUUCUGAGCAUGAAGAAGUAAGAUUGUCGAAUUCGUACGAAAUACCAAUGAGUAACGCUGCAAAGCCUACGCAGAGAAAGAAAAGAGCUUCAGGUUAUGCGAAGAAGCAGGUCUCUGGCUGGCAAUCGCCGUCUACCAUUUCCACCACUUCGUUGGCCCAGCUACCUCAUAAACUAGCUGCACUACCGAAAUUGUACUACGAUAAAGAGCCAAUCAGUGUUCUAGCUCAACCAAAUUUGUCUUGCGUCACCGAAGUGAGCGAACCAGACAGUUUGGAAGCCGCUUCCACUGUCAAACUAAUUAAGCCCUGCGGUUUUGUCACACGGAACACUAAAUUUAUAAGAAAAUCCAAGACCAGCCCUAGUGACAAUGAAGACGCACACCCCAGAUGCAUCUCCCCAGAGCAAGGUCAAGGAACCAACACAUCUAAAAGCCUUCUCUAUACUACUAUUGGAUCCACUGAUGAUUCAGAAAGGUUUGAACGGAACAAAAACAACAAAAUCGAUCUUGCUGAACUGUCUUUACGUGAAGCCCUAAAUGAAAAGGAAAAAAAUAGCCGAUUUAAUGCGGAUAAUGCGGCUGUAGCCGCUUUCGAUGUAAACAGUGAGGCUAUAGAUAAUACUCCUGAAGCGAUAAUAAUGCGGAAAACUCAGACCACUGAUAUAAUUAAUAAACAGAGUACUACAGCGUCACGCACAGUAAUCAGUAAAUCUACGUCCGAUGAGUCAAACACUGAAAGUCUGAAACCUGAUUCGAUAACUGCUCGCAAUAAAGCAAAGAUAAUAUCUACUUCUGAUGACUCAAAUAUGACAGAUAAUAUUGCAGAGACACCCGUAAACUAUGUGAGUUCGCGACGUAAAACUAUGAAAUACAAGUCAGCGCCCAAAAAUACUACCAUUCGGAAAGACAUGGGUGAUAGAGAAAAUAAUAAACCCUCUUACAAUAUCGAAGAUAUGGAGGAUUUCUUUUCACAGCACUUUAAAGAAAAUAAAAACGGUGAUCUGAUUUUGAGUCCAACAUUAGCCCGCAAGAUCAAUGAAUCUAGUUCUGAUAGCGACAGUUUCGAUAAAUAUGUGAUGUCGAACAUCGAUAAAGCAGAACAGGCAGAUAUAAAUGACUAUGAGGUUGAUGCCGAUAUAAUAGCUUGUCUCACUAGUAUGGUCGAUAAGGUUUGCCAUGACUUAGAUAAGUGUGCUCUGUACCUAGAUAAAGAAAAAUCUGAUUUGGGGUUACUUGAUAAUAUGGAAACAGGAAAUGAUGCUGUUUGUAUUGAUGGUGUUAUUUCUGCCGAUGAAAGUAAUAAUGCUGUCAUGCAAGUCAACGAUGUCGAAUCUGAUGUCUUGGGUUCAGCGAAGAUAAAAUUAAGCUUUAGCAAGAAAACCGCAAAAAGAGGGAAAAAGGUAGUAAAUAAUAAGGCGAAGAAUAAGAAUAAAUUGGUUAUUAAAUCUGCGCAAGCUGCAGCCGCCCAAGUUACAGAAAAGGGCGAAGACGUUAAAGAUAAAAGAGAUUUGGGUUCCACCACCUCACUGAAAGAAACAGCUGGUAAUGAAUCUGAUACACCAUUAAUGGUAAUGAAAAAGAGAAAACUAUUUUCCCCCAAUGAUGGUAAGGAUGAGAAUGACUUGGAUAAAAUAGAACCUUAUUAUAAAGAUGAGGAAUCAAAGAAAACGCCUAAAAGAUUAACAAAACCACAAACUCCGCAAUCUGCAGCCACAUGUUACAAAGAUAUUGAAAACGAUCGAAAGAAACUGGUACGUCAACCACGUAACCGAAGAUCUAAAAGCAAACCCAGUCCAUUAAUCUCACCAAGAACCCUGAAGAAUAAUAAUUUAUUUGAUCAGCUAAAAGAAAACAUAAACUCAAAAAACAUAAAGUUAGUUGAUAAAAAGACUAGUGAACAUGACAUUGCUGUUUAUAACUUUACAAGUGACAGCGAAGAUGAAGACUUUAAAAUGAGAAAGGAUCUUCUUGCAAAAAGGAAAAGUGAGGCAACUAUAGUUAGCAAUGAAUCUCAAUCGAGUAAAAGGGGUAGGCCACUGAAAAGACGUAUGUACACAGAGAGCAAAACUAACAGUUCAACAGACGAAACAAACAUCAAAACCAAUUUAGGCAAACGGAAGGCUCCAAAGCGUCAGAAUAUGAAAAGAAGAGGAAGGAAACCAAAAAAUUGCGUUGAUCAAAAUUUGGAAGAUGAACGAAUGCGAGAAGUGGCUCCAGAAGCUAUAAUUACAUCACCAACUGUAGUGAAAGAACGGACUGAAGUCAUUAUUGCGGAAACUAUUGAGCCUGUCUUAAGUAUAGUCCCUGAAAUGGAGGUAAUUCCUGAAGAUGAAGAAACUGUUAAUGAAGUUAAAGAAACCCAAGUAAAUAAAAAGAAGAUAGAAAAAACGCUGUCACUGAAAAAAGGAAAGAAAGCUAAAGUUCAAAAAGAUAUUACAGUUGCCGAACCCGAAAAGAAAACAUCUGAAAGCCCUUUGCCCGCUUUGAUUAUUGAACCUGUAAACAAUAAAGAUGAUGAUGGUGGCUCUAUUUGCUCCAGCAAUCUCGUGAAAAAAUGCAAUAAUGUUAUGCAGGGCGGCGAUGUUAACAAUGAUACUACACAAAACCUUCUUUCCGAUAAUGACAAACCAAGCUACAGUCCAGAAGCUCAGUUAUUGCCUAUUGAGAUAGAAAUUAAGGACAAACUUGAAGAUAUUACUGAAAAUAAGAAAAAGACUGAGAGAAAAGACUCUGUGGAACCAAAGAAACUAAGACGUAAGCCUAAAAUCUCACAACCUGAAGAAAUAGUUUUAUCAGAUGAUCCAGAGGGAGUUAAUGAGGUUAAAUCUAUUGCAACGGUAUCACCACAAAAUCAUAGAAUUGAGUCGCUAUCAAUCACCGCCCAUUGCGACACAAACGAGACGCUGAAUGAAAAAAUAUUGCCACGAAACCUUGAAAUAGAAGAAAUGUCUACGUCUAUGAAGGACUACUUCAUCAAUCUUAGAAAUCAGACCAACGAUGACAAAGGUACAAGAGAAUCAUCUGUGAAAAAAUUAGCUCCUAAGAGUAAUUCUAAAGAUCAAGAAAGUCUGAGAUCUCCUGUAGUGUCAAUCAAAAGGUUAGACGAGGACGACAUCAGGAAAUGGUUGCCGUCUCCUAAAAGUUCUGAUUCUGAAGCUUUCCAACCAAAAUCUAUAAUUGCAAAAGCAAAAGCGACGACAUCUAAUGUGAAUUGGAAGAAAUCUUCCCAAACAAAAGCCAAUUCUAUCAGCAGUGCAACAAAGGUAUCCGAUAUAUCCACAAACGUUAAAAAAGCUCGACAAAAUAUCCGUAAAACAGCAGAAAAGAGCAAAGAAAUGUCAAAAUUUCUUAAAAAGACGAAUGCGACUGGUAAAAUUCUUUUAAAACUUCAUGAAUCAGAAUCUGAUACAGAUAACCCUAGACACAAUCUAAAAAGAAAUGAAUCUCAACCUAGAAGAACAGUCAUAUCUCCGAUAAGCAUUGAUUUAACUGAAGAUGAUGAUGAAAGUUCUUCUCGUAUGUCUGAAGAACCCAUUGAAACGAAUAUAACUAAGCGGUACACGCAAAACUUUGCUAGACCAGAAAAAACCGUCAAACUGGUAGAAAGAAAUACACAAUCAAGUUCAGAAGAUCCUUCUCUAAAUGUGACCGAAACUUCAGAGAAUAGCAGAAAAAGGAAGGCGGUGGCUUCUCACUCUGAUGAUAGUCCAGCUAAGAAUCCUCGUGUUGACCUGAGGCGUGAAGUGUCGAUGACAGAAAGUGGCCCAAGCAUCGCCAGUGUCAAGGAGUGGUUCGCAAAAAGCAGCCAGUCCAGAUAUACAGCAAAGGAUGAUGUCCGCUCCGCAUGUACUGAUUUUGUGGAAAAUGUGUUGGAGAAGUUAGACACAACGCUCAGUGAAAUUCAGCAGGGCACCAGCUCCAAAUUAGUACACAUGUUUGUUGAUAUGCAAGAGCAUUAUAAUAAAAUGAAGGAGGAAAAUACACGGAUGUUUGAGCAGUUGAUAAAAAGACAAGACGAGCGAUUUGAAGAGUUCAAACAGUUAAUGAAGCAACAGGCUGUAGAGCUCAUUAAAGAGGAUUACACGAAGAAGAAAGAUAUGGUGAACUUGUUAAGAGAAGAUUUGGAGAAUAUUAUGGAACAAUUGAAUAGGAGAAAGACUUAUUGAAUAGUUUUAUUUUUAUUAUAAUGUAUUGAUUACUCACAGUGAUUUACUAAUUUAUUCGUUAUAUAUACUUACUUUAAUUGUAAGUUUUUAAUUCGUCAAAUAUUAUUAAAAUAGCACAAUUGAUUCAAGUUUUAAUUUAAUUUGUU